AUGUCUACAGAGACUGAGCAGCUGCAUUGGUAUUACCAUUUGGGGAAGGUUUCAGAUGUCAUAAAGACAUACAGAAUCUAUGGGCAGUCUACAGGCUUCAAAAGAGUCACUUUGAGGGUGAAAAGGGAUGCACUCAUGUGCACAGAGGCAUUUAUUAUUUUGGGAAUUUUCCGCAUUUUAGUGGGGCCACAGUACAGCAGGUACAGUGCCACUAAGGAGCCUGUGGCUGAGAUUCAAACUCAGCCCAAAAUCUCGGCAGCCUGCCUGAUUAGGGCAGAAAAGGGGCUGUUGCACCAAUCAGAGCAGCUCGGCAUCUCUCUCAUGCCGUUCGGAGGUGCAACCGUGCCAAAUUUCCGCACGGAUGCACCUCCGAACGGCAUCUGGGCGCUUAGCGCGCGCUUAACCCAGGAAAAAGCGCAAAAUCAGAGAAUAUUGGAGAUGGACCAGGGAAUGUGA